AUGAUAGAGGAGCGGGCGGGUGGAGAGUUGCUCGCGCCGCGGCUGCUGAAGAUCGCGCAGGACGCGGCGGAAGCGGCGGCCGCUCUGGUAACGUCCAGUCCACCGCUGGUCAUGGAGAGUAACGGUACGCGCUGCGGGGAGCAGAUCCUGAGCUACGGACGCGUGGAGAAGGUGCUGAUCGGUGGAGUGCUCAUGAUGCUCACUUUGUCCACCAUCUGCGGGAACCUGCUGGUGGUCAUCUCCGUGUGCUUCGUCAAGAAGCUGCGCCAGCCCUCCAACUACCUGAUCGUGUCUCUGGCGCUCGCGGACCUGUCCGUGGCGCUCGCGGUCAUGCCCUUCGUGUCCAUCACGGACCUGAUCGGGGGUCAGUGGGUGUUCGGACACUUCUUCUGUAACGUCUUUAUCGCAAUGGACGUGAUGUGCUGCACUGCGUCCAUCAUGACCCUGUGCGUUAUCAGCAUCGACAGGUACCUGGGCAUCACCAAACCCCUCACGUACCCGAUGCGGCAGAACGGCUGCUGCAUGGCCAAGAUGAUCCUGUCGGUGUGGCUGCUGUCCGCCUCCAUCACCCUGCCGCCUCUGUUCGGCUGGGCGCAGAACGUGAACGAUGGCCGCGUCUGCCUGAUCAGCCAAGACUUCGGCUACACCGUGUACUCCACCGCCGUGGCCUUCUACAUCCCCAUGUCAGUCAUGCUCAUCAUGUACUACCGCAUCUACCGCGCCGCCAAGCUGAGCGCCGCAAAGCACACCAUCACCGGCUUCCCACGGGACGGAGACUCAGGCACCUCCCGCGGGGCCAAGGCCACGCCCAGUGAGUCCCAGCACGCCCUUGAGUCCAGGGACACGGCCAGCGCAGAGGGGACCCAGGUGAGAGGUGGCGGCAUAGACGGGGAAGAUGAAGAAGACGAGAGCUUGGACUGCGUGUCAGCCGCCCUCAAACUCCAGCGAGAGGUUGAGGAGGAGUGCACCGGGCGGGUCUCACGACUGCUGAAGAGCGGGGAGCACCACCAACGUCGCAAGAGGAAGAACCAGUCCAUCUUCAAGCGCGAGCAAAAGGCCGCCGCCACCCUGGGCAUCGUAGUGGGGGCCUUCACCUUCUGCUGGCUGCCCUUCUUCAUCGUGUCCACGGCCCGGCCAUUUGUGUGCGGGGUGGAGUGUAGUUGCGUACCCCUGUGGUUGGAGCGGACUCUACUGUGGUUGGGUUACGCCAACUCGCUAAUCAACCCGUUCAUAUACGCCUUUUUCAACCGCGAUCUGAGGACCACCUACAGCAACCUCCUGCGCUGUCGGUAUCGCAACAUCAACCGGAAGCUGUCAGCAGCUGGCAUGCACGAAGCGCUCAAGCUGGUGGAGAAGCCCGAGUCCGAGCUGUAG